UUCCGUCAACUGAAGCCCGUUGCUAAGCGGUGUUCCUUUUAACCUCAUCCAGAGGACGGGGCAUACAACGUUUGGGAGGUUGUUUCCGGACAGCUUGGCCCGUUCCAGUGAAGUUAUCUUGGUGUCACAAUGACCGAACAGCCAGCCACUGUGGAAAAUAAAGUUGGAAGAUGUAUGUUACACAACUGGGUAGAAGAGAGAGCCGUUGCGGCUCUCGACACAGGGAAGACAACGGCGCAAAUCAAAAAACAUGGACACAAAGGGAUCCUCACAUUGGACGAGGACUCUAAACUGGAGAGUGUCACCACCUUUAAAGCAGUGUACAUCCCUCCAAAGAGUCCUGGGGUGAGACUGCGGGGCGUCAGAGGCGAGCUUCUGGAAAAACACAUUGCUCAGAUGAUAAGUGAGAAGAUUCAAGCUGAACAGAGAAGACCGACUCCCAAAAUUGACUUCUGCUCCACAACUCAGAAGGAUUUCUUUGCCAAGGGAUUUGUGCCUUGUACCCCUGAAACCACACAAGUAAAUGUCCAUGAUUAUAAAACUGACCAGGCUGUCACAUUUUGGAGUGAAAAUUGCCAGUGGAUACAGGGUGUGACUGCAGUAAAGACCCCGAGAGCACCUUUUAGGAAGUCCGCCCUGUUCAGCACACCCAUCAGUGAGCAGCUGGAUGAGGUUGAAGUCCCACCUGAUAACUGAGACCGUAUGUUAGAGGAUCCCCUUGAAUCACCUCAAGAUCAGAUAAUACUGAACAGCUAAAACAUUUACACGUGUAUCAUAAUUCUCAACAACAGUGACACCUCUGGUGACUAGCUGAUAGUGUGGAAUCAAGGGUAGGGCAAUAUUUAAGAUCUACAAGACACACGUAAAUAAAGUUUUUUUCUUUAAAAUUGGAA